CGAAGCUACGCGCUAGUUCACGAUGCUGGGGAACUGAGACUCGCGAUGGCGCAACAAAAUCGGACCUUCACACCAGAAGAGCGCAUCGACGAGCUCUCGGAGAUCAACCAAGAUGUCUCGAAACUUGUCACUUCUGCCGGCCAGGCAAUUCAUGCGCUCACGAACCGACCAUUAAACCUGUACGCUUCCGGGGACGAUGAAGACGAGCAAAUGGCGGGCACAAAUAACGACACCGUCGAAGAUCGAAAAGCCCAAUUCAAGGACAACACCGAGUCUUUCUUCACUCACUUGCAGUCCAUCUUCGUCAUGCUCCGCCGACAGACCUACGCCCUGGAAGAAGCUGGUAUAGUCACACCUGAUCCACUCGCGUUACCUGAGCAGCCGAAACCAGUACAGGCGCCGGCUCAGUCGACCCCGAGAGGGUUCGCGCCAGUUCCGAAAGAGCAGCAGCUGGAUCCGGAGAGGAUCAAGAAUGGUGGCUUGGGACACCUCGAUAUUGGCUGGCUGAAUAGUCGCGGCAACAAAGUCGGCGCGGAGAAGGAGGCUGAGCUUGUGCAAGAGGCGAAGGCUCUGCUUGAAGAUGUCCUGAGAAGUGAGGAUUCAAUUGACUGAGAGCGGAUGAGAAACGUGAUGGACAAUAUCAAUGUCGCUCCAUCUGCACGUUGAAGCCAGGGAUACAUUUGGUCUUCGCAUGGAUUGGGUAGCGCGAUCCUCCUUCUGCGAUCGCUGCCAUAAUAUGGUCGAAACUCUCGUGGAACUGAUGCCACACUCCAUGGCCUUUCGCGCCUGACCCCGGACAACGACAGCACACACCUUACAUGGCCCAGUGCGAUGCAGACGAACCAUCGUCUCAACUGUACCUCUUCGGAAAGGAGUCCAGUGGCCCAGGCGCUCAAUUUCGGGCGCGCAGAAUAUAUCCGUCGACUCUGUUUGGCAGAAGGCGAUGUGACAUCGAGACUACAAUGGACGCCGAGAGGUUCAAUGGCAUACGUCCGCUAUGUGGUUGCUUAUCUGCCCUCCCCGUGCCGAGCGGACAAUCGGGUUGAUGACUUUGUGGCCGACCAAAGCUUUGAAGCACGGAGAAGAAGUUUGAAACAAGGCACCGCCCUUCGGAGAUGUGCAGUGGAGGAGGCAUGUGGAGCUUUCAGCAACACUUGGAGCAUUAUACACAAUAUACGAACAAGCCUCUUUCAUCACACGUUUCGGACGAUCGGAUGCGUUCUUUCCCUUGUCUCAACUUCUUCGUCGAUUUCACAGAUCGAAACUGAAGUGAUCCCUGUUCCCACGACCACAGACGGAAUCAGGGGUCAUGUGUGCUUUUCAGCAUCAACAACCCAACGAUCAGCCUUGGUCUAGUGGUAUCACGUUAGUCGACUUGCAGACGUCGCCGGACACACGUUGGACGAGACGAGCUCCUCAUCGUGUCAAGCUAGGAUAUGAGUGAGUUGGUUACCUGUCAACAUCACUCGGCCAAGGCUGAUUGUUUUGCUCUGCGUUCUUAGAUAUCUGGCCCUUUUUGUCCUUGUGAAACUAAUUUUCGCUCAAAGCUCAC